GAGGAAAAUAUGACACUUUUUUUGACACCUGGCAUUCAAGGCGUAUUUUCAAAGCGAUCAAAAGUCCAGGUUGACAAUUUAAACGUCAGAAAUUGGAUAGAAAACGUUAAAUUGCAGUUACAUGGAAACAGGAGUGCGCCACCGGCUGACAGCAAGGCACUGAUAAAAUAAAGCAACAACAAGUGUAGUACUUAUAGUACCGGUGUUUAUUAUUGAAUUUUUAUUAAUGAAAUUAUGAACGAAUGGAUAUUGAAAAUUAGCCUGUGGCUGUUGGUGAGUACAGCAACCUGCACAUUAUCUCCGCCAACGGACAAACACAGACGAGACAAGGGGAAAGUGGAAAGUAAGAAAGGUCCAGUGGAUCAAAAUGUCUUUAAUCGAGGUCUUGUGGUCCAAGAGCCGAAACCCAUUGAUAUCUUACGUGAGUCUGGACUUUAUUACAAGGAUACUAAGCUGAGACAAUUCAAUGGUGAAGUGUUGGGGUACAUAACACCGUGGAACGCAGAGGGUGCAGAAUUAGCAAAAACAUUCCACGGAAAAUUGACAUCAGUCUCGCCUGUCUGGUUAAGUCUACCUCGAGGCAAUGUUAAAAAAUUCCAAGUGGCGACUCACGAUGUUCAGAAAAAAUGGUUGAAAGAAAUCAGAGCUUUGAAUGAUGGAAAUCACACUGUAAGAAUUUUACCAAGGGUUUUAUUCGAAGAGUGGACCCCUGAGGAGAUAUCAACACUUAACAACGACAAUCAGAGGAAAACUCAGCUAGUGUCUGUACUUUCCGAGACAGCUAAAGCAUUCCAAUUUCAAGGAUACGUAUUAGAGAUUUGGAACCAGUUCGUUUUCACAGGAGUCAAAACUAAAGUUGUAGUUAAUUUAAUAAAGUCUCUGGGUAAAAGACUCAAGAGCAAAAAUUUGGAAGUGAUUGUGGCGAUUCCACCGGCACGAGGUCCGGAAGCUCAAAUAUUUUCUCAAGCGUACUUCGAGGAACUAGCGCCUCAUGUUGACUAUUUUUCCUUGAUGACAUAUGACUUCUCAAACGUUCAACGUCCCGGACCCAAUGCUCCUCUGGAGUGGGUCAGAGAGUGCGUAGAAAAAUUAGUCCCUGAUGAUGACGAUCCUAAGAGAUCACAGAUUCUCAUGGGAUUGAAUUUCUAUGGAAAUAAUUAUACGCCAGAAGGUGGGGGACCUAUUCUUGGUUCUCAGUACCUGAAAAUCCUUGAAUCUUAUAAGGGAAAAAUCCAGUGGGAUGAUAGGAGUAAAGAGCACUUCUUUGAAGCAAAAACUCCAGGAAGUGGAUUUAUUUUCUACCCCACUUUAUACUCCCUACAGCAACGAAUUGACCUCGCUAGGGAGCUUGGAACAGGUUUAUCAAUCUGGGAGCUGGGUCAGGGCCUAAAUUAUUUCUACGAUCUUUUAUGAGUGAGUACUCCAACCUCACCAGAUGAAAGUAAUAAGUGACAAAUAGAGAAUAAACUGUAUUGAUAAAACAGAUGUAAACAAUUUCUAAACAUAAAUCUUAUAAACUGAUAUAUUCAAACGAAAUAUACAAUUAGUCUUACAAAGAAAGAGUCAUUUACAUGGCAGGUGCUGAUGACAUAUGGUCAAAUUCUGUGAAUUGUUCAUAACACGGAUUUUGCCUUGUAUCCUCGUAAUCUAAUUUUUUAACAACAUUUAUAUUAUUAUUUUCGUGUUUGUUGAGCAUCAUCAUUGUUUGGGGGCCUUUCAAAAGGUUGUACAUCAGAGCCCAUGAAACUUUAGCAGGAAGCCAACUAGAAUAAAAAGAAAAACGAGGAGAUACUCACAUACAAUUUCUAUAUGGAUGUAGUUGUCUCUGUUAAUUAUUUAGUAAACUGCUCAGUGGUGUUUUAUAAAUAAUGAAAUACAUUUAGUAUAGAACGGAGUAUAAAGGGACUCAUUAUUGAGUACUUGUCAGACAUUGAUUUCAU